AUGAGGCUUGAAAUGUGGAGUUUUCUCAUAGCGUUGCUGCUUAUAGGAGUGGCGACGGCAUCCGAAGAAGAAGAUGACGUUCCUGACGCGGGAGUCGAAGGAGAUGAUGAUGAACUGGCAUUGGACCGAGAGGAAACACGGAACCUAAGGCCGCGUGCCUACACACCAGGCGCAUACUCUAACGUUCUUCCCAGUGGUUUCCGCCCCACACCAUCUUUAGCAGAGCUGGCAGGCUACCAGAGACCCCAGCAGCAACAGGAACCGCAGCAAGAAUACAUCGCUCCGACUCGAGCUCAAGUUUACUCUGAAGAACAGAGAGAGAGGCAACCAGUUAGACAACACCAGAGAAGGCCGCAGGAGAAUCGUCCGUCAAAACUGCAGCAGCAAUUACUAGAAGAGGAGGAAGAAGAAGAGAGGGAAGAGCCCGACCGCCUCGCCCAACUGUUGCAGCAGUCCAAGUUCGACUGCGUCAGCAAGCACACCGGAUACUACGCCGACCAGGAGCUCAACUGUGAAGUGUUCCAUUACUGCCAGGACAACGUGAAACACUCUUGGAUCUGUCCUGAGGGUUUCACUUUCCACCAAGUUCAUCUGAUCUGUAUGCCGCCAACUAGUGACAACAUUUGCCAGAAAUCCGCCAAAUACCACUUUAUCAACGAUUAUCUUUAUAGACCAAUCAAUGAAGAAGAAGUCCAAAGGAAACCGAAUGUUUCGCUGAAGUACUCUGACCGGUACUACCCCGCUGAGGUUUACAGGGAUGACCGUUACGACCAGGAAGACGAGGAAGAGGAGGAGGAACCCCGCCACGCUCCAGCUCCCCAGCAGCAGCGGCCGGCGCAGCGCGCGCAGUACCAGCCGCAAGUGUUCCGGUCCGCGGAGGAAGUCAACAUACCCCUAAUUCAGAGACGCCCCCAACGUCCUUAUGAUUUCGAAAAUUAAGUUUUUAUCUCUUAAAAACUUAAGUCCUAAUUUAAUUUUUCAAGUACAGUAUUCUAAAUCAGCUUUGUAAUUUGCGAAAUAUUUUUUUGUUAUUAGUAAUGUAGCUAUCGACCAUUUCUAUGAUCACAAUAUUGUUUCGGUUCACGAACAAAUCAUAUUCAUAUAGGUGUAAUAUCAAAGACUUUAUUUAUACUGUACAAUAAAUAACUUGUAAUAAGUUACAAAUUAGUUGUAAGCUAGUCUUUGUUUUAAAAUAAAUUAAGAAAAUAAAAAAUGUUAAAAUAAAA